AAGCUUUCUUAAAAUUUGAGAACUGCUGAACUUCUAUGCAAGCCUUAAAUAACUUACAAUGUGUAUCUCAUCAUACAUGUUAAUUCUCUCUCUCUCUCUUUUUUCUCAAGGUUUUCUACUCUCUGUUUCAAAAUCUCUGCAAGAGGUAGAAGAUGAAGAUAUGCUGCUAACCACACUAAACCUAGGAAAAACUCUUCAAAAUGGAGCUAGAGCUAUGAACAGAGAAGCUAUACCCUUGCUGAAGCAUUACAAGACAGAAGGCAGCAUUGUUUUCAAUGAAAAGAAUGAUGGAAACAUGAAGUUUUUGGACACAGGUUCCAGACGUGAUUUCUUAAAUCAUGUUAGGCCAAUCAACUUAGGUAGGAAACAACUACUGAAGGGAGCCAUGGCUUUUCCAGCUGAUGCUGAAAUUCGAAAUACUGGGUCAAUACAGGAAAGAGAAACCACAGAUGAAGAAAAUUCAGCUAAAUUCCCUAUAGGAAGAAGAGAUUUUGACAUCCUCAGGUGUAUGCUGGGAAGAGUCUAUCGACCUUGUUGGCAAGCAUGAAAACUACUGAUCUGCACCACCAUCUUUGAAGAUUACACAUUUUAUUUUGAAUUUAAUGUAAUUUGAUUACUGUGUUUUAGUGUGGCUAUACAUAUGCAUCCAAAAAUAAAUUCCCAUCGCAUUGCAGAGGGAUACAUAAUUCAUUACCAAAACCAGCAAAUUGCAAUUACUAUCAAUGUAUUG